AGUUUUCCCGGGCGCAACGUAAAUACUGCAGUCGCCAGUGCAGUUUUCAUUUUCCUUUUACUCUGGGGACAGCUCCCCUCAGAAACAAAACCAUGAUUUUACGUUUGUUCAUCCUGCUACCGGUGCUGGUGGUUGCACUGUUCCUGUACGGUGCUAUCGUAAACAUCGGCUACAUCGAGGAGAAUCGUUGCCGUAUGACGUACAUGUUCGAACAUCCGCAGUACACCCGGCUGCCUGUGCAGGGAAACGAACGUUUCCCGAAAUACGGUCUGCAUGCGUACUCGGAGGGUUUCAUUACGCAGCGUGUCCAGCAGCGAGUAUUCACCGGUGCACCGGUACUCUUCGUUCCCGGUAGUGGCGGUUCGUACAAGCAGGUGCGCUCCCUAGCCUCGGUAGCACUGCGCAAGGGAAUCGACAACAACUGGCAAACCCAUUUGGAUUAUUUUAGCGUGGAUCUUAACGAGGAAUUAUCUGGCGUGUAUGGCGGAUAUUUGCAAGAUCAAACGGAAUUCCUCGAACUGUGCAUACAAGAAAUCGCCCGUUUGUAUGGUGCGCGUGGUCGCUCCAUUCGGAUGUUUAUCGUCGGUCAUUCGGUAGGAGGAAAACUCGCCCAGGCCGUCGUUACUCAGCGAAACAUCGGACGGCAUGUGGCGGGUAUAGUGACCCUUUCGGCACCGGUCGAUAAACCGGUUGCACUGCUAGACCAUUACCAUCACAGUUUUUACGACCGCAUCGAGCAGGCAUGGAAAACGAACAGAUCUGUUGCUAUGGAAUCGAAAACAUCGCCACUGAAAUUGUCACUGGAUGGCAUACUGUUCAUUACGAUUGGAGGCGGAAUUCGUGAUAUAAUUGUACAUGAUGGACUGACCUCUUCACGGUACGCCGAUUUACAUGCAAUGACCCACAACAUUCCAAACGUAUGGCUUUCAGUUGACCAUUUGUGUGCGAUGUGGUGCUUACAGUUUGUGCUGGUAAUGAACCGAUUCCUGUUCAGCAUAGUUGUCCCACAGGGACGCAGCAGCUUUGGAUUCGUCGAUGACAAACAGAUGCAGCUGGAGAAAGCGAAACGGUUCCUAUCUCAACCAUUUGUCGGCUUACUGGAUGAUGAUGAUGACGACGAUGAUGUUGAGAGAGAACGUGUUCCGGUUGGCAAAGGUAAAGAGCAGUUGCUGGUUCAACAUUACCCAGAACAGGAAGAAUGGGUCGAAGAUAUCCGACGCUCGUUUACCGAAAGACAUCGCGCUGGUAUGGAUCGUACACGCGUUCAAAUGAUUCGUCUCAUUCCGGACAAAGCGUUCCAUCGAUUCCUUCGUGUAGAGAUCAUCAAUUCCGAACAGGACAACUGGUUGUCCGGUUGUGCGGCAGUGGAAAUUUACGGCAACUCUCGUAUGUGUCAGAAAGCAGUCUCACUCGUUAACUACACGCUACCGGUUCCAUCGUCUAAAUUUGACCGUUUCGGUGCUCUGUUAGAUAUGCAUGAACUGAAGCGCAAUAACCCAACAUGGACGCACGUUCUCGUCAAGAUUCCUCGCACCAUUAAACCGGUCCAGUUCAGUGUGGACAUAUUCAACCCGGACGAAAGGGUGAUCAAUCUUACCAUGCCGUACUGGUUUGACUAUCGAGUCCAUACCAUCCUACAGGAUGCAUCAACGGACGAUUCGUUCUAUAGGAUAAAUAUUGCAGGAAUGGCACACACCUAUCAAACAGUUGCCCUUGACCUUACGGCCGUGUCGUGUGGUGGCGUUAAGGGAACCGUUGUCGUGAAAGUGCGCGUGCCAUGGGCCAACGGUUACGACCGUUAUGCGUUCCAUGAGGAACUAAACCAGACUACCGUAUACAUUUACCCACCGAUUGAGAAGCCACCUGGAGGAGAGGAAAAGGAGGAGCACGAGGUGCCAAUUCAACUAGACGUGCAUCUUACACCCGGAUGCAAAUAUCGUAUACGUUACGCACAGUCGUUACGCGUCAGUAUUGCGCGUAUUGUGCAGCAGCAUCUUGUCCUGAUGCCGGCACAUUGCAUUGCACUGCUGUUGCUCGCAUUUAAGGAUCAACUUUCCCAAACUGGCCACGACGAUCCGGCAUUCGUGGUAGGGAAGCUUCGUAGUUCGUUAACCAAACCGGGACCGCUAGUAAUGUUGCUAGCGACCAGUUCACUCAUUGCCAAGUUCCUUACCCUGUUUAAAUCUAUUCCCCGCGUUGAACUGCUGGCCACUCCGCUGGUUGUUUCGAUCCUCAUCCACCUGGCCUCGCUAGGAGUGCUCGUAAUCGCUACGCUCGGUCUCUGGGGUGCGAUCGCUUUCUGUGCCAACUUUGCCCACAAAAUUAUACUGCGAUUGAUAGCCCUGCCGAUUCCGGUCAUGUCCUCUACGUUUCUGUCCUGCAUACACAAGUUCCCGUUGGCCAUUGCCGUGCUGCUGAUAGCGAUCGCACUAACCGCUUGCGGCGGUGUCAGCUUGCUAUGUGCAGUCGCCGUGUACUUUGUGUUGCUCUCGAAGGCGUAUGAGGAUUAUUUGGAAAAUUUCGUAUUUCAUACCGCGCGGAAAAUUGCAGCCCGUCUGUUUGGUGCUCGCGAACCGAACGAACGGGACGGCAAGCGUAGAAGACAUCGGAGACGACCGGCAAACGAAACCGGCGAUGAGCUGAUGGUGAUUAAUUUUCAUCUGCCGUUGUUUUUCUUGGUGAUUAUGUUGGCCCUGCUCAAUGUGCCAAGUGUUAUUACUUGGGCCAAGAACUAUCACUACGCGAACACGCUGCAACCGGACCCAUCGUUAGUGCCGGCACUGAUCGUGCUGGUAUGCUUGGCCGUCCUGUGGCAGUUGAACACGCCACGGAACGUUUACGGGUACGAACUGUUGGCCGCCCUGCUGGUCAUAGUGGCCUUCGUAUCGGUGCUCUAUUGCCAAGUGCACGUAUAUCGACUUAAUUAUUCAAUAGGAUUAGUAUUUCUCGCUAUCACCGUACACCAAAUAAUUGCGCCAAAACGACGUGACGUCGUGGAGAUGGAUGUCGCUGAGGAGAAGCAGCCAGAGGAGAUAGUGCAGCAGCCGGAACAGGAGUCUGAGGAUGAUAAAAAAGCAAACUAACCAUGAAUAAUGUAUUAUGCGAAUGCGUGUUAAUUGUUCUAUUAUAGUAUUUCAAUAAACGAAAAAACCUUCGCUAGUCAGCUGUUUUGCCAAAAGAAA